CCUUCACUGAAUAUCUUCAUUAUAUCUGCUCUUAUUGGAAUCAACAUUAGGAUGAAGAAGACUUUCACAAUCAUUAUUUUAUUUCUCUUGUGUGAAGAUGUGUUUGGUGAUGAAGUGAAGUCAGUGUCAGUGAUGUCUGGUGAUUCAGUUACUCUACACACUGAUAUUACUGAGCUACAGGAGGAUGAGAUGAUCUUGUGGAGGUUUGGAGAAGGCGAAUCUAAAAAUCUUUUAGUUGAAAUGACUACAAAUAAGAUCUGGUAUACAGGUGAGAAAUUCAUAAACAAACUGAACAUAUCAGACACACAGACGGGAGAUCUCACCAUCAAGAACAUGAAGAUCAAAUACUCUGGACUCUAUGAAGCAGAGAUCAAUCUUGGCACUGAAACAGUAUACAAGAGAUUUAAUGUUACUGUUUUUAAGUCUCCUUCUGUUAUCAAUGAUGGACCAUGUGAAGUGACGUCUUUUACAGUGACUGAGGGUGAAUCUGUUACUUUACCCUGUAAUGUUCAAACACAAAGAGAUGAUCUGAUACUGUGGAUAUUUGGAGAUGAAAGUGCUCUCAUAGCUGAAGUUGAUAUGGAGGAUGAUAUGAUUUCAUUAUUUGAUGACACUGAUGGGAGUUUCAGAGACAGACUGAAGCUGAAUGAUCAAACUGGAGAUCUCACCAUCACUGACUGCAAAACUAAACACAGUGGAGUUUAUCAGCUAAAGAUCAUCAGAAACAAACAAACAUUAUACAAGAUAUUCAGUGUUAUUGUCAGGGAAGCAUGUCUAGUGUCAGGUGUUAUAGCAGGAUUAUGUGUUAUCUUCCUCCUGGUUAUUGCUGCUGCUAUUGCUGCUGGUUUGAUUUUGUAUCGUCACAAGAUCUCUAAACUAUUGGUUCCUGUAGAUGAACAGAAAAGUUUGGUGCCACGCAGUGAAAUGGAAGCAGAAAUGAGAGAUGAUGAGUUAAAGGAAGUAACAUACAAAGGUCAUGGAAACCCUCAGAAGCCGCAGAACUCAUAUGAAAUGUUAAUAUCAGUGGAAGGAGAUCAGGCUGCCAACGCUUCACAAAUCCUUCAGAUCCAGCAGAACUCAGUUUCUCCAUGUACUUCAAAAGAGAAAGUAAUAGAAAAAGUUGAUGAAAACAUUCAGAAUCCGCAGAACUCAGUAUCUGCUGUUAUAAAUGAAAAGAUGGUCAGAACAGGAGAGGUGGGGGGAUCUGUGACUUUAGACACUUGUGUUACUAAUAUCCAGAGAGAUGAUGAGAUACUGUGGAUGUUUGAAGAUAUGACUAUAGCUCAAUACACUGGAGGCAAAGAUAAACCUCCAUUAUAUAAAACUGAUGAGAGAUUCAGAGACAGACUGAAUAUGAACGCUCAGACUGGAGAUCUCAUUAUCAGAGAUAUCAGACAGAGAGAUGAAGGAGUUUAUACACUAAAACUGACCAAAGCUGAUGGAAAAAUCACAUACAGAAUAUUUAAUCUUGAUGUCACUGUACCAUACAGAAGGCAUGGAGACAUUCAGAACCAGCAAAACUCAGUCUGUGCUGCUGUUAUAAAUGAAGAGAUGAUCAGAAUGGGAAAGAUGGGGGGAUCUGUGACUUUAGACACUUGUGUUACUAAAAUCCAGAAAGAUGAUGAGAUACUGUGGAUCUUUGAAGAUAUGAAUAUAGCUCAAUACACUGGAGGCACUAAUAAAUCCACAUUAUAUGACUAUAUUGAUGAAAGAUUUAAAGACAGACUGGAGAUGAACCUUCAAAGCGGAGAUCUCACCAUCAAAAACAUGAGAUCUGAACUCACUGGAGUUUAUAAAGUUCAGAUCAAGAACAGCAGCGGGAACAAAGAGAGAAAAUUCAUUGUUGCUUUCUCCGUGCGAGCUAUGAUGGGAGGAUCUGUCCCUUUACCCACUAAAGUUAAAAUAGAGGAAGGUGAUGCGGUGGAGUGGACCUCAAAAGAUAAAAGCACUCUUGUAACUGGAAUGAAUGGAGACGACAGCAAGACUUCAUAUACAGAUAAUGAGAGAUUCAGAGACAGACUGAAGAUGUACGCUCAGACUGGAGAUCUCACCAUCAGAGAUAUCAGACAGACAGAUGAAGGAGUUUAUACACUAAAACUGAUCAACACUGAUGGAAAAAUCACUUACAGAAUAUUUAAUGUUGAUGUCACUGCCAAAGUUGAUGAAAACACUCAGAAGAGGCAAAACUCAGUAACAAAGAAAGUUGAUGAAAAGAGUCUGAAGCGGCAGAACUCAGUCUGUGCUGCUGUUAUAAAUGAAGAGAUGAUCAGAACAGGAAAGCUGGAGGAAUCUGUGACUUUAGACACUUGUGUUACUGAAAUCCAUAGAGAUGAUGAGAUACUGUGGAUGUUUGGAGAUACGACUAUAGCUCAAUACACUGGAGGCAAAGAUAAACCUACAUUAAAUAAUACUGAUGAGAGAUUUAAAGACAGACUGAAGAUGAAUCAUCAGACCGGAGAUCUCACCAUCAAAAACUUCACAUCUGAUCACACUGGAGUUUAUAAAGUAAAGAUCAAGAACAGCAGCGGGAACAAAGAGAGAAAAUUCAUUGUUGCUUACUAUGUGUGUCCUACGAAGGGAAAUUUUGUUACUCUACCUACUAAAGUUAAAAUAGAGAAAGGUGAUGUGGUGGAGUGGAUCUCAAAAGAUAAAACCUCUCUUGUAACUGGAAUGAAUGGAGACGACAGCAAGACUUCAUAUACAGAUGAUGAGAGAUUCAGAGACAGACUGAAGAUGAAUGCUCAGACUGGAAAUCUCAUCAUCAAAGAUCUCAGACAGACAGAUGAAGGAGUUUAUACACUAAAACUGACCAAAGCUGAUGGAAAAAUCACAUACAGAAUAUUUAAUGUUGAAGUCACUGGUCUUGAAAACAUUCAGAAGAAGCAAAACUCAGGUAAGAUUCAGUUCACCUGUCCAUCUAUAAAUCUAUAUGACUCAUCAAUCGAGUCUGAUUGA